CCAGAAUGUGAGCACAGACGUUGUUUGAACACGACUCACUAAACAUCGCAUCAAAUGCGAGUAAAUAAGGUUCAUAUUCGGUGAUAAUGAAGUUGAUAGUCCCGUUGGUAGUUUGUUGGAGCAGUUUUUCAUUUGCUUUGAACGAAAAUGACACCUGUGUUACACCUUCCAAUACACCGGGAAUUUGUGUGCCAGUUAAGCAGUGCAAUUACGCUAUUAGUAUUAUCCGAAAACAAAAUGCUACUUUGGAAGAUUCGCAAUACUUAGACAACAGUGUAUGCGCUAAUAUAUCGGAAUCAAAACCUCUUCCACUAAUAUGCUGUCCCAUUUUACCUAAUACAGAAGAAUGUGGAUCAUUGGAUCUGGGAGUUCGCAUUAUAGGUGGUAGCAAAACACAAUUAGGGCAACAUCCUUGGACAGCGUUACUCAUCUUCAAAGAAAUCAAAGGUAGAAAACAUCUACGAUGUGGCGGCUCACUAAUCAAUUCUAGAUAUGUGCUCACAGCUGCACAUUGCUUCACGGAAAGAAAAUGGAAACUGUCCAUGGUACAGUUGAGUCAAUGGAAUGCAGGAAAAAAGGUCAACUGUACUAUCGUAAACAAUGAUGAGGUUUGUCGACGAGAUUACAGUUAUGAAAGUAUUAUUUCUCAUCCUGAUUAUCAGGAGAGGAAAGAUAACAAGGAACACGAUAUUGCUUUAAUUAGACUAGCAGAGGAAGUUGAAUUCGACACAUACGUUCGACCAGUUUGUCUCCCAAUGGAAGCUUCAAUCCAAGAGUUACCAGUGGAAAACGAAGAUUUCACUGUAAUGGGUUGGGGCGCAACCGAAACUGAAACGUCAAGUGACAUGCUACUACAUGUUGAUUUGGUUGGUAGAAACAAUAAUGUGUGUAACAAAGCUUAUUCUCCGAUUGGUAUUUCGUUAACCGACGCACAUCUUUGCAUGGGCGGUGAUAAGAAAAUAGAUAGUUGCAAAGGAGAUUCGGGUGGACCGCUGGUUAGAUUAGUCAAUUCUCUCUGGUACCAGGUCGGUAUUGUCAGUUUCGGACCAGAAAACUGUGGUACCAAAGGCAUACCCGGUGUUUAUACAAACGUGACGAAAUACGUCGAUUGGAUAGUGCAGACUGUGCUUGAGUAUUAUCGCGUGGGCGAACCCACAACUGAGCAAACACUUGAAUUUACAAAUUAAUAAACAUUAAAGAAAACAGAAUGAAGCCUUGGAAGUUGACCUUUUGUUUAUCAUACACAGACUCCGUAGCCAACUGUUUAAUGUACAGGACAAUUUUCAAAAGGGCGUAUGCAUUUUGCCAUAGGUUAUCAUUUCAAAGCAUUGUAGCUCAGACCUUUGAUUGUAGGGAAAAACUGUCUGAGAGAGAAUUGCAGAAAAAAAGAGUACUCUCGUGGAAAAAAAAUAUACACGCUGAAAAAAAAACUGAAUUUCAGUGCGAAAAUUUCUAAAUUUCGAUUUACGAAAAAAGAGUUUAAUUUUUACUUAACUUCAACAAAAUUUUUGGUAAACAGUCCAGGAUGGGGAAAUGAAAUUUUUUUUUUAUUAAAGUUAAACUUCUCUGAACAUCCGUAAUGGCUAUGAAACCUUUGAAUCACUUUUUGGUCAAUCGCACGGUAUAUAUUAAGAUGGCUUGACAAAAUAUUUUUUUUCAAAUUCUUCUAUCACCAA